CCCUACGCAAUUUCUCCACCGCCAACCCCAUCUUCCCUUCUCUCCUCUCAAUCAGUAAUCUCAGCAAAAUUAUUCUUUUUUCUCGACGCUCUCCUUUCGGAUUCAUCGCGAUAUCCCAAAAAUUUCUUAGUAAAAUUAUUUAAUAAUAAUGCAAGCAAUUCCAUACGGAUCGUGGGCGUCAGAUGCCCCGGCGCUGCAUGUGUCGACACGGGAGGAGGUUUCGGUAUCUUCUCCCGUGUCGACGGUCGCAGCUACCGUUCAAAAGCUGGUAUCGGAGAAUGCGGUUAUAGUCGUUGGGAGGCGCGGCUGCUGCAUGAGCCACGUGGUGACGCGGUUGUUACUCGGUCACGGCGUGAAUCCCGCGGUUUUCGACGUGGACGAGGACGACGAGGCCGCUGUUGUCGUUGAGCUACGUAAGAGGAUGACGAUCGUUGGAGAUGAGAGUGUUAUUAACAAUUGGCCGCAGUUUCCGGUGGUUUUUGUCGGCGGGAAGUUGUUUGGUGGGUUGGAGAGGGUUAUGGCGACGCAUAUUUCCGGCGAGCUAGUUCCGGUGUUGAAAGAAGCUGGAGCUCUCUGGCUUUGACUUUCAAUUAGUUACUUUUUACGGAGUGAUUUUAUUUACCCAUUUACCUUUUUGUUCUUCUUGGUUCUUGAAUAUUGUGAUAGCUGGGCGGUUCCUUUUCGAGAAUUAAGAGAGUGAUGAUAGAAAUGGAAUUCCAGGCAAAGUUUAAUUUGGUUUUCCUGACUUUGUAUAAUGGAGAGAAGAACUUGUUGGAAUUAAUUGCAGAUCAUGCAUGUGAUUUUCUUC